CGCUGAGCCGGCCGCGCCGGUGCCGAUCGUCACUCUCCUCCUUCCGCUCGAGGACUUCUUUCUGCUUUCAUCGCUCGCUUUCGGACGCUAAGCAGGCUCCUCCUGUACGGGGACGUUACAGGGCCGCGGUUCGUACCAAGCGCGAGUCGGCCGUCCAUCGGCAAUUUUUUAAAGAACCGAUCGUAAGUUCUAUGACAUGUUCUGACCAUCUCGUCUAUCUCGGGUUCCGUGCAGACGGGAUUGACUGGUUAGGCGUGUGGACAGGGCUAUCUCGGGUUCCGUGCAGACGGGAUUGACUGGUUAGGCGUGUGGACCGGGCAAGUACUCGACCGAAAGGCUGGAACUUUUGGGUGGUACGCUUCAGGUGAAGUCUGCAGUUGCCUAGCGAUUGUGUGUUUAGAAACCGGAAUAUAUGAAGAUAUCCCUGUGACUUCUGUGCAUAAGGACAUCUCGUUGUAUUAUUAAUCGUCCGGGGCACCAUCUCAUAAGGUCAGCUGUGAAUCCUUACCAUCUCACCAGUGAUAUGGUGAGCUCUCCGUGAACGCAACUCCUGUGCGGACAUCGUUCUUGAUGUGUUCGCCUGCUCGUCAACCCAUCGUUUUAUUUUAAAUUAGGACUCACUGGAUUUAUUUUGCUGCUUCUUCUGCCAUUUCUGUUUUUCUUUACCACUCAACCGUUGGUACGUUGGCUGUACCCGAAUAGGUGCGACCACAGUGUGUGGACAUAGCAGAACUUUUUUAACGUUUGGCUUUGGCCGUUGACGCGCGACCAGACACGGACAGUGGUGACAUGUGCAGUGCCGGCUAUAAAUGUGUGUGGGUGUCCAGGCGGCCAUGCCGUCAGUGCACUGCAUUGUUUGGAGUAGUACUGCUGCUCGGAUGUUGGUCUCAAGAGGUGGGCGCCCGGUACCAGGCAGUCACAGCUGAGGCACAGACGGUGACGGCGCUGGAGGGCGGCCAGGUGCAACUGAGCUGUGACAUAAGUGCUCCAGCAGCGGGCGACUUUGCGGUGCGCAUCCGCUGGUUCAAGGACUCGGGGCCCAACCCCGUGUACAGCAUAGACGUCAAUCCCAGAACGGGCAGCUUGUCGCAGAUUCGCCAGAGUGCGCUGCGCAGCAGCCUUCAGGGUCGCGCAUACUUUUCGGUCAUCCAGACUCCUGCCGUGCUGAGCGUUGACCGCCUACGGCACGCCGACAACGGCUCCUACGUGUGCGCCGUGGACUUCAAGAAAGACUGGACCCGGAAACUCAUGACUCACCUCAUCGUUAUCGUACCUCCAAAGCACCCCGUGAUUAUGGACGAGAAUGGCACGAAGAUUGACAAUGUCACGCGGCCUUACCUGGAAGGGGAAGACCUCACUCUAACCUGUGAUGUCUACGAUGGUCAACCAGAGCCCGUGGUGACUUGGUGGCGGGGCUCGGAGCUUCUGCAGCAAGCACUGAGCCGCACUGCGGGUGGACAUCCACGCGCCACGCUGUUCCGACUGAGGCUUACGCGCGCCGACUACCAGGCGCGGCUGACCUGCCGCGCAACCAACAGCAACAUUACGCAACCUGUGGCCACCACCAUCGUGGUCAACAUGCACCUGAAACCAGUCUCGGUUGAGAUCAAGGGACCCCGUGGACCACUGUCUGCGGAGCUGCCAGCGCAGGUCAUCUGCCAGGUGAACGGCUCCCGACCAGAAGCCCUCGUUCGCUGGUUUUUGGGGCCAUACCAGCUGAAUGACACAGAGACGCACGUCAUCUCACCUAAUACUACUCUGGGAGUGCUGAACUUCGUGCCGAGUGACCGUGACCACGGUGCCAGGCUUCGCUGCCUCGCCUCAAACUCAGCAAUUGUGGGAGCGCAAGGCAGCACAUCUCCGCCUCUAGAGGACGCCUGGAUACUGGAUGUCCACUACAAACCACUGGUGCAGCUACGGCUAGGCAGCGGCCUCAGGCCUUCCAACAUCCACGAGGGCAUCGACAUCUACUUCGAGUGCAGUGUGCGUUCAAACCCACCGGUGAGCGAGGUGUCGUGGGCCUUCGAUGGUCGAGACCUCCACACGGAUGGUUCCCGUGGCGUCAUCGUUAGCAACCAGUCGUUGGCGCUGCGCUCGGUCAACCGUACAAACAGUGGCUUCUACGCCUGCCAUGCUGCAAACUCGGAAGGUGAAGCCGAAAGCAACCGCCUCCGGCUCAGGGUUCUUCACUCGCCGGUGUGCCAGUCGGGCCACCGGCAGCACUCGCUCUCGGUGGCGAAGCACGGCACGGUGGAGGUGGAAUGCGACGUGGAGGCGGAUCCGAACAACGUCACCUUCUCCUGGACAUUCCACCAGGCGCAUCGCACCGCUCCGCUGUCGCCGAACGCCAGCUUCUCGACGCCACCGGGCGCCCCGCUGCGCUCGGUGCUGCGCUACACGCCGCGUUCGGACGCCGACUACGGCACGCUCUACUGUCGCGCUCGAAACGCCGUCGGCGACAGCCUCGAGCCUUGCAUCUUCCAGAUACACCCCGUCGGCCCUCCAGUGACGCCAUAUAACUGCAGCGUCGAGGAAGUGACGUCAGAAGGCGUACACGUCGUGUGCCAGCGCAGUGGUGUGGGACAGCAGCAGACUUUCCUGUUGGAGCUGCAGGAUGGGCAGAAUACGCCCAUCGUGACAAACUUCACGUCCGGCCAGCCAAGUUUCAGAGUUCACUCACUUAGGCCAGCCACACGCUACCAGAUGGCGCUGUAUGGCAUCAACGCCAAUGGCCGCAGCGAGCCCGUUCAUCUGACCGUGUUCACGCUGCCACUGGGCAGGGGACUGAUCAGCAAAGCAGACGCAGAGUGGUCCCUAGGAUCUACCACGCUGUGGGCAGCUGCGUUGAGCGCCGUGGCUGCCUUUCUGAUUGUAUUUAUCGCACUCACGCUGGGGAAGUUCAGGCGGAAGAUCCUCUUCAAUCGAGGUCAAAACGUUUGGAAUAGGAAUGAAGCCGCUGCUGAUCCCUGCGAAAAUGAAGCAAAACAAAGGCAUUCUUUCGACAGGGAUGUCAACGCAGGUCACCUGCCAAGUGAGAAGAUUUUGACCCCGGGCCUCGGUGCGCUUGGCUGCUGGCAUCCAGGGAACUGACCGACUGCGCCACGCGGGGGAUCUCGAGUGAGUUCCCACUCGAGCACACUCGGCCUGGCACCACAGCUAGCGUCUCCGGUGCCCGCGCCCAUCACACUUUUCACAAGGCUCCCGGAGACGCUCAUGGAAGACGUCUGGACAAAGGACAUACUCU